AUGCCGUCGGAACAAAAGCAUCUCUCUGUCUCUUAUCCCCGCUUCAUCCCUCUCCAUCCCGACUCUGAUAUCCCUUCCUAACUUAAACCCACCUCUUACCUCUCCCCGCCCUUCUUCCCCAGAUUCCCAUGGCGGCGAACUCCUAUCCUCUCCUCCGCCAUGCCUCACUCUCUUCCUCUAUUCCCAUCUCCACUCCCUCUCUCCCCUUCCUCUUCUCCUCUCGCCCCCAAUCACUUGUCUUUCGCAACUCCUGCUCCCUCUCCUUCGUUUCCUCCUCUUCCUCCUCUCCUUCUUCUCCUUCUCGCAUCCAUAGAGUCUCUACUGCUCCCGUCGAGCGCGCCCCAGCCCCGGACUUCGACUUCGGGGAGGAGAUCGCCCGCCUCGACGCCAUCCGGGCCCGCCUCCGGGAGGCGAAGAGCUUGAACGAGAAGCUUCGCGUUCUUGACGCAGAUUCUAGGGUUAGGGAUUUCUUUGCCCCCCGGAGGGGAGGAAUUUCUAAGGUUUUGGGUUUUCUGGAGCCGGCAGAGGUGGUCCUGCUCAAGUGUCUGGUUGCGGCCGGCCAGGGGCAUGUUCUUGGGCCGGAGCUGGAUACGGGCGGCGGCGGGGCGCAUCGGGUGGAAGGGAGCGCGUUGAAAAGCGCGUUCUUUGCGUUGGCGGGUCUUAUAGAGAAGGGGAAUUUGGACGGUGAGUGGGUUGAUGGUGAUCGAAUUGGUGAUGGUGGAGUUAGAGAUAUGGAGCCGCUAAAGAAGCUUCUGAAGACUUUGAGUGAGGUCGAGCAGUUUUAUGGUUGCAUUGGAGGGAUCAUCGGGUAUCAGAUUGUGGCAUUACAGCUUCUUUCACCCCCAAAAGUGGAUAGGAAGAUUUUGAAUGGGUCCCCUCACUUAUGCAAGUCAUGGAAAAGCGAACUUGUGGAGAUUCAUGUUCCUACUGGGCUUGAUCUUUUGGAAAAUACAGAAUAUGCAUCUCAAGCUGCUUUAUGGGGAAUCAAGGGAUUGCCAGAACUAGGUGAAAUUUAUCCGCUUGGUGGUGCUGGGGAUCGUCUUGAUUUGGUUGACCCUGGCACGGGUGAAUGCCUUCCAGCUGCAAUGCUUCCUUAUUGUGGACGAACUUUGUUAGAAGGUUUAAUAAGAGAUCUACAGGCUAGAGAGUUCCUCCAUUUCAAGAUCUAUGGGAAGCAAUGUAUAACCCCUGUUGCAAUCAUGACAAGCUCAGUGAAGAACAACCAUGAGCAGAUAGCUGCACUCUGUGAAAGACUUGGAUGGUUUGGGAGAGGCCGACAAAAUUUUCAACUUUUUGAGCAGCCUUUGGUACCAGUUGUGGCUUCUGAAAAUGGUCAGUGGUUGACAAGCAGUCCACUCAUUCCAGUAUGCAAACCUGGCGGUCAUGGUGCAAUCUGGAAACUUGCACAUGACAAAGGCAUAUUCAAUUGGUUCUAUGGUCAUGGAAGAAAAGGUGCAACUGUAAGACAAGUCAGUAAUGUUGUGGCUGCAACAGAUCUAACCCUUCUGGCAUUGUCUGGACUAGGCUUGCACUACAAGAAGAAAUUAGGUUUUGCAUCCUGUCAGAGAAAUUUAGGAGCUACAGAAGGAAUAAAUGUGCUUCUUGAGAAGAAAAACCUGGAUGGGCUAUGGUCAUAUGGUAUUACAUGUAUUGAAUACACUGAAUUUGAGAAAUAUGGCAUUAGGGAUAUGCCUAUUUCUCUUGGCAGCUUGCAGGCAGAGUUUCCUGCAAAUACAAACAUUCUUUAUGUUGAUUUAUGUGCUGCUGAGAAAGUUGGAUCUAGUCAAGAUGCAAGUUGCUUACCAGGCAUGGUGUUAAACUUAAAAAAGCCUGUUUCUUAUGUUGAUCAUCUUGGAAUUCAGCGUAGUGCUUCUGGUGGCAGGCUAGAAUGUACGAUGCAGAGUAUUGCAGAUAACUUUUUGAACACGUAUAACUCUAGAUACAGUGAAGGCAUAGAAAAUAAGCUGGACACAUUCAUUGUAUACAAUGAAAGAAAAAGGGUCACUUCAUCAGCUAAAAGGAAAAGGAAACAGACAGAGAAAUCAUUGCACCAGACGCCAGAUGGUUCGAUUUUGGAUGUCAUGCGGAAUGCCUAUGAUCUUCUUUCAUAUUGCCAUAUAAAGGUUCCUAAGGUUGAAGACAACAACAAAUACCUGCAUUCAGGACCCCCUUUUCUCAUAUUUCUUCAUCCUGGUUUAGGUCCACUUUGGGAGAUUACUAGACAAAAGUUCUUUGGUGGCUCAAUUUCUAAAGGUUCUGAAUUACAAAUAGAGGUAGCAGAAUUUUUGUGGAGAGAUGUUCAGCUUGAAGGAAGCCUUAUUAUUGUUGCUGAGAACAUUAUGGGCUCAAUUAGGAUGAGUCAAAAUGGCGAACCUGUGCUGCAAUAUGGAGACAGAUGCGGGAGAUGCAAACUUCAGAAUGUCAAGGUACAAAAUAAAGGAAUUGACUGGACAUCUCCAAACAAUGUCUAUUGGAAGCAUGAUGUCCAGAGAUUGGAGUGUCUGAAGAUUAUUUUGCAUGGAAAUGCGGAAUUUGAGGCAACAGAUGUAGUCUUGCAGGGUAGCCAUGUAUUUGAGGUUCCAAGUGGUUGCAGAAUGUGUAUUAGCUCAGAUACUACAGGUAUUGUUGGUAAGUUAAAACCCAUAAGAGAGGACCUCAUGGAUAGUGGGAGCUGGUUCUGGAAGUACAAGAUAAAGGGCACGCACAUUCACUUGGAAUUGAUAGAGUUAUAGUGUCUUUAUGGACCAUUAAUUUAUAACUCCUUGAUUUGCAGCUCGCUGAUUGAUGCAGAGGUCACCUUCUCACCUUCUCACCUCGAGCAAGUUCUUUUCUUGAUCAGCUUAACAUUACUUAUACACGACUGUAAUUUUUGCAUAGGGUGUUUUAGAGCUCUCUCACUACAUAAUGUGUUCUGUCUUUAUUUAUUCCUCUUGUAAUAUAAAUGUAUAAACCUGAUGCCUUUGUUUGAUAAGAUUAAUGAAUUCAGCCAAUUUUUAAAGACCCAUAAAUUUUUUGUGUUCAUAAAAUGAAAUUUUUGCCUGCUGGAUUUCAUCAUGUUUAGCUGAAUACUACUGUCAUGGCACAGCGAUCUAGCAAAAUGAUCCAGGUAUUCCUUCAUCUCCAUUUAUAUUGAAAAAUUGCUAUGUAGUGUUAAUACUAACUGUGCUACUGAGGUUAAAAUCUGUGGUCUCAGGUUGAAGUUUCAGAUGGAAGUCUUAGCGGCGUUAUGUCUCCCUUGAGGACAACUUUCUCACGUGUCAACAAUAUAAACGUAUUUUCAGUCGAAGGUUUGUUCUAAGGGUGUUUGGUAUUGUCAUCUUGACUCAGAUGUAAACUAUAUUAUUGCAGAUUAUUCAUGUACUGAACCGAACAGUUCAAUGUUCUUUAAAUGUGAACAUUCACAAUCAGCAUCUGCACCUUUCUUGUGUUUCUUUCUUACCUAAAAUUAUUUAUUUCUUUCUGAGAUUUGCUAGCUUGAGUGUGCUUCUUAUACGCUAUUUUUUGUUGUUACAGUAGCAGGAUCAAGUUUGCAUCACAUUUUGAACCAUAUUUGGAGGUCUUCCAGCAUUCGCACUAUUCCAUUCGCCACUAAAUACACCCCUUUGAUUCACAUUUUAAAAUCAGUGUUACAAUUACUGAAAAUCAGAUUUUUAUGUAUCAGUUAAAGAUCUUAUGAAAACUGAUGAAGAUGUGCCUGAUCUGGACAAAACUGUGAGCUGGUGAGACCGCCGCCAUCCAUCAAAUCCUCUUUCCCCAGAAUUGUCAUGGGAACUGCAUGUCCCAAUUAUCUGCACAAGGCUUCCAAUCGCUGAUUCUAAGCUGAAGCCAGAGGCCAUGUUCGGUGACAUGCCGUAUGAUCUGAUGUUAUCUGAGAAAAUUUUGUUUGCCAUUCUUCUGCUUGGAAGAUGAAAGGAAAAUAUGACAAAUCUGGGAUGUGCAUAUUGGGAGGGAAUGAGGGGAGGAAUGGUGGGCUAGAAUUCUUUCAUUGCCUCAACGCGGGGGUAUUAUUAUAAGGUUCAUCCCAGCAUUGCCUUUGAAGAACCUGAUCUUCUGACGUUACCAGCACCAGAUUCCUAGAGGUGUUCAAAAUUGAUUCAGGAAAUCAGAAAGUUUAUUUCUUUUUUUUCAAAUGUGAAGUUAAAAAACGUUGAGUUUUGAUUGUAGUCCAAAUUAAGUGUAUAUACAUAUUCAUAGUAGUCAUUAUGUUUAUGAAAUUUAGGUUGAUCGGAACUAUUUCUUUGAAUCAAGGUUGUAUAGAAAGUCUUCUAGGGUCAUGUGGAUAUAAUUUGAGAAAUUCUGUGCGCCAAGAAGUAUAUUGCUUUAGGGUUUUCUUUUUUUGCUCAA